AUGACUCUAAAUAAGUAUCAACAGACAAAAUGCUUGGAAAUUCUAGACAAAAUGAUUUCCUGGCCAAUGUGUUCUCCAUUUGUUAACCCUGUUGAUCCAGAAAAAGAUAAUAUGCCUGAUUAUCUUCAGGUUAUCAAAAAUCCAAUGUCGUUAACUGAUGUUAAACGAAAACUCCAAGCAAAUGAAUACUCAAAUGUUACAGAUUGGCAAAAUGACAUCAAUUUGGUCUUUUCAAAUGCGAAAGAAUACAACGGUGAAGAUACUGUUUAUUCUCAUAUGGCUAUGGAAGCAUCAAACUGGUUUAACAAGAAAGUCUCUCACUUCCCUACAACAGCUGAAGAAGAAUGGAUAGGCGUUCUUCAAAGAACUUCAGAUCAUUUGUUAGAUAUUCUUUCACACCCACCACCAGAGCUUGACCCAAGCGGAAAAUUAACUGUCUCUACUGAAGAAACAGAAGAGGAAAAGCCUAUUGUUGACGCCCCUGCGGCAUAA